GCACGCGGAACGUGAUCUGGCCACGCCAUUUGAGCUGUUGGCAGUUUUGGCCACCGCGCGUUAAGUUAACAAUGUGCGUGCGCGUUAAGUCGCUGUGAUUAGAUAAGUGCUCUGGACAAAAUUUCAGAUCAUAACUUCAGAAUGGCCGAGUUGGAAGAAAAAUGAACAGCACCAAUUUAACGUCAACCCCGUUGAACGGGUCCUUCGGUGGGGUGACCCUGGACAGCAGUCCGGAAGGGGCCGUGGUGCUGGCCAUCCAACUGUACUACACGCCGGCGCUGGUGCUGCUGGGUUCGGCCGGCAACUGUCUGUCGGUGGUGGUUUUCAGCACGGCCAAGUUGCGGCAACUGAGCUCGAGUUACUACCUGGCCGCCCUGGCCAUCAGCGACACCGGCUACCUCGUCGGCAUUUUGAUGGUGUGGCUCGACCUGGUGGACGUGGCCCUGUACAACGAGCAGGGCGCCUGCCAGGCCAUCAUGUACCUCUCGUCGGUGUGCAGCUUCCUCAGCGUGUGGUUCGUCGUCGCGUUCACCGUCGAGCGCUUCGUCGCCGUCAAGUACCCGCUGCACCGACCCGCCGUCUGCACCGUCGCCAGGGCCAGGGCCGUCCUCGCCGUCGUCACGCUCGUCGGACUCGUCCUCAACCUCCCCAUGCUGCUCAUCACCGGACCAGUGUACAUCAGUGAUUUUGAUAAGGUCGCUUGUGCGAUGCGGUCUGAAUAUGAGGAUUUGGCGAGCUUAUUUAAUUACGUGGACACGGUGCUGACCUUUGUGUUGCCGGUGCUGGCCAUCACAGUUCUCAACACCAGCAUCGCGUGCACGGUCUACUAUUUGGCCAAAGUUCGUCGCGCAAUGACUCGCCAGCAGCGUAGACAAAGUAGCAUUGGGAGCGAUUUGAGCAGCGCUUCCAACAAAAGGGUGAGCAGCGCGCUUCUAAUGAGAAACAACGAGCAAAUGGAAUUGGCCACCCACGGAGGCAACGCCAGGGCCAUCAGGGCCCAACACUCGGCCAACACGCAGGCAAAGAUCACGAAAAUGCUGCUGCUGGUGUCGACCGUGUUUGUCGCCCUCAACCUGCCCUCGUACGUCUGCCGCCUUUGGGUCUUCAUCAAGCCGCCGACCCCCGGGGACAAAUGGCUCAGCCACCUGAUUGUCCUGCAGCACAUCAGCUACGUGCUUUUCAACACCAACUUCGGCAUCAACUUCGUGCUCUACUGCGUCAGCGGACAGAACUUCCGGCGGGCGCUCAAGACGAUGUGCUGCCCCGGCGCUGGUGUGCACAGGACCGGCCGCAGGGAGGUCAGCCAGUCAACAGUUUCCGAAUACCAACGGGCCGCCGGGUGCAGUUUCCACACGCGGCACCGGAACGGGGUCUGGCGAGAGGCGCACGAGCUGCUCCCUCUGAACAACCCGCAGCAGCAACAAUGAAGGGUGCGCGAGGAAGAGAGGCCGCGAUUUAUUUGCGCUUGGGACGAUUACGUUGAGCAAAUUCAAUUCCGUUAAUUGCAGCCGAAAUUCCGCCGUGUCGUUGGCAAACGACUCGACGGCGUUGACUGUUUUCCUGCGCCCGUGACAAAGUGCGUGUUUUUAAUGAAUGCGUGUGAUCAACGGUUGGUGUGCAUCAAGUUUAUGUCACUUUCACCGUCGGCUGUAAAUACGUGUUUACGUAAUGUGCGAUGAUGAAUCGCUCAAGAUCUCUGUGGUUACGUACUCAAAAUCUAUCAAAGCUGUUUACUCUGGUCAUUAGAUUUUAACCCAACAUGUUAUAGAUAUUAAAACAUUUUAUUGGAGUGGGUUUUAUGCAUUUGUGAAAUCUGACUGUGCCCC